UAGAAAGAUUUGCAGAAUAAAGAAAAGAAUAUACCAAUUCCAAUUAGGGUUUUACUUUCCCCCUUUCUCCACCCAUUCAUUCUGAAAAUCAAUCCAUAAACUUCAUCGUUUAUGAGUUCAGAAUCGCAUCUUCAUGCGUUGAUCUUAUUCAAUCUCUUCCUCGCCGUCUGAACGAAUCCUUCACAGGCCAAAACGACAACGAAUCGAAGGAGAUAAGUUUCGAGUUUGCUCUCUUCACAUAUGGAAGCUCGGGUCGGUGUCUCGAGCCAUAGUGGCGUCGUAGAAGGCAACACAAGGAAGUUAUUGCAGCCUCAUCAACAUCUGCGGUCCGUUCAACAUCCGCCUACAGUUCAGCAGCAAUCGCAUAUAGGUACGGUGCCCCAACUUCUUUCAGGAGGCAUUGCUGGUGCUUUUAGCAAGACCUGUACCGCGCCUCUAUCACGUCUCACCAUUCUCUUUCAGGUUCAAGGUAUGCACUCUGAUGCAACAGCACUUAGAAACGUUAGUAUGUGGCGCGAAGCAUUGCGUAUAGUUAAUGAAGAGGGUUUUCGAGCAUUCUGGAGAGGCAAUAUGGUUACAAUUGUUCAUCGCCUUCCUUAUUCAUCUGUCAAUUUUUAUUCAUACGAGCAUUACAAAACUUUUCUGAAAUCAUUACUUGCUGUUGAAAGUCAUCAAAGGAAUGUUGGCACAGAUGUCGGCGUGCAUUUUAUAGCUGGUGGCUUGGCAGGAAUGACCUCCGCUUCUACCACAUAUCCGUUGGAUCUUGUCAGGACUCGAUUAGCAGCUCAGAGAAAUACAAUGUACUAUAAGGGCAUUAGCCAUUCGCUUCAUACCAUUUGCAGGGAUGAAGGAUUUUGGGGACUGUACAAGGGUCUUGGAGCAACUCUACUGGGGGUUGGACCAAGUAUAGCAAUAAGCUUUUCGGUAUACGAGUCCUUGAGAUCUUAUUGGCAGUCUUCAAGGCCUCAAGAUUCUACAGUUUUGGUUAGUCUUGCCUGUGGCAGUCUUUCAGGCAUUGCAUCAUCGACAGCAACAUUUCCUUUAGACCUUGUGAGGCGAAGAAAACAGUUGGAAGGAGCUGCAGGACAACCGAGAAUAUACAAAACUGGUUUAUAUGGAAUUUUCAGCCAUAUAAUCCGUACAGAAGGGUUUCGAGGAUUAUAUAGGGGAAUUCUUCCUGAAUACUAUAAGGUUGUUCCUGGUGUAGGAAUCGCGUUCAUGACAUACGAGAGUCUGAAGAAGCUUCUGUCUACUUCUGAAUGAUUCAUUCAAUUGAAUUCAAUCAAUGACUCAUACUAUCAGUUUUGUAGUAAUUAAUUUAGAGGAUUCAAUCAAAUUUAACUUUUCAGAGUUAUUUUAAUUCACUUUAGUG